AUGCUCACAACUUAUUGGAUAAAGUACUUGCUACUAUUUGCCCAAGCCCGAUGUGCUUGGUCUAACUACAUCCCGUCCCCUCCAACUCCAGUCGAAGUUGUACCUACCACUACAUCUGGUAUUAAUUCUCUUUCACUAACAUCCCCUCCUUCCGUGGCUCUUUAUAAGCCUAAUGAGGAUGACUCAUUAGAUAAGAGAGCUCUAUUGGUUGCUACAGUAACAUGGGGUGGUAGCUAUAGUGUUUUCAUUGGUGUUGAUAUAAUAUUUUCUGUUGGUGUCUUAUUAGUUCCUCAAUCAUUUUCCACUAUUGCUACUACUACUUGGUGGGAUCAAGAUUACACAACUACAGUUCUAUUACGGACAUACUCUCCUGAUCCUUGGGUAGGAAAUCCUAUUUUCUGGAACUGGUAUAAUACUAUCACUAGUUGGCUUCUAGUCGAAACACCAGAACGUGAUCUUGUUUUAAAUUCCUAUACUGGUUGGACAGGUACGUAUAUCGACUAUUAUUCCACAGGCACAUUCACAACAACAGGUUGGGAUGGCUAUGAAACUACUGAAACAAUUUAUUACAUUAGAACACCUUACAAUGUCCUCAUCACUACAACGACUAUUGAAUGGACCGGUACUUACAGAUCAACAUAUUCUACAGAAACCAAAUUUAUUACUUCUGAUGGUACUGAAAUUGAAGAAAUUAUAUAUUAUGUUGAAAAUCCUGAUAUCGAUAUAACUAGUAAAAUUUUUUCUUACUGGCAAAAUUCAUAUACAUCAACAUACUCAACUGAUGUUAAUUUCUAUUAUGGUGCAGAUGAAAUUUUUACAACUGAAUAUUUGUACUAUAUUGGCUUACCAAGAAAUGUUUUUACUGUUACAGAAACUAUUGGGUAUGGUUUGGAUUCAACUUCCACUUUAACUACUAUGACAUCUUCGUUAACUGGUGCUGACGGAUAUCCAACUGAUGAAGUCAUUAUUGUCGUUGCUACCCCAAAUCCUUAUAUAACUAGAACAAUAUUUACUUCAUGGACUGGGACAUUCAUGUCUACCUAUUCAACUCAAGUCACCACAGUAGUUGAACAAGCAGGUGGUAUCGCACUAUCUACCAUCGAAACUAUCUAUUAUGUGGAAACUCCAUCCAACGAAGUGUUCAUCACCACCACAACUAAGUUCCCUUGGCUGACUCCCUAUGAAACAACAUUUUCCACUGGUUAUACAGAAUUUGUAGGAACAGACGGUCAACUGACAUUUGAGACAAUAUACUAUGUUAGCACUCCCGCUUACCUUGUAACUAAAACAACUGAAUGGACUAAUCCUUUUACUUCGACUAUUAGUACCUAUUGGACUACUGAAUUAGAUCCACAAGAAGGAAUGGUUGUCGAAGAAGUUAUUUUGGUUGCUGUGCCAGUUUCUACUCUUACCACAACUAUAUUUUCAGGUUGGACAGGUACCUAUGUAAGUACAUUCUCCACUGGCACUUCCUAUAUCUUGGAUAGCAAUGGAGUUUCUCAACCUGAAAUCAUAUACUAUGUUGAAACCCCACUUGGGGGCUCUGUAUCAACAGUAACAUCAUAUUGGGAAAAUGAUUUCACCACAACAUAUUCAACAGAAUUACAUACAUACACAGGCUCAGAUGGUUACGAAACAAUUGAUACCACAUAUUUCAUCGAUGCCCCAGUAUCAAAAGUAAUUUCAACUUCCUUUACUGAUUGGACGGGUUCUGAAACUGUAACAUUUUCCACCUUUAUAACCACCGUAACAGGGUCUGAUGGCAUUGAGACUGAGACCAUUAUUUAUGAGGUCGAGACUCCAACUUAUAGUUCAAGUUCUUCUCAAUCUUCAUCACAUACCAUACAUACAUCAAAUUAUAUUUCUUCAAGUGAGAUAUAUUCCUCUAUUUUUUCAAGUAAUUCAUUCACAACAAAUAGUUUGUCACAAAAUUCAUCCUCCCAACCAUAUACAUCCUCUGCAACAUCCUCAAUAUCUACAAAAUCCUCCAUGAGCACUGGCUACACUCCAUCUGGCACUGCUUCUAGUGAAUCCUCUAUGAACACUGCUUCUAGUGAAUCUUGGAUUAAAACUGCCUCUAGUGAAUCCUCUAUGAACACUGCUUCUAGUGAAUCUUGGAUUAACACUGCUUCUAGUGAAUCUUGGAUUGACACUGCCUCUAGUGAAUCCUCUAUGAAUACUGCUUCUAGUGAAUCUUGGAUUAACACUGCCUCUAGUGAAUCCUCCAUGAGCACUGGCUACACUCCAUCUGGCAAGUCCAGCGAAUCCUCUAUGAACACUGCUUCUAGUGAAUCCUCUAUGAACACUGCUUCUAGUGAAUCUUCAAUGAACACUGCUUCUAGUGAAUCUUCAAUGAACACUGCUUCUAGUGAAUCUUGGAUUAACACUGCCUCUAGUGAAUCCUCUAUGAACUCUGCUUCUAGUGAAUCUUGGAUUAACACUGCUUCUAGUGAAUCCUCUAUGAACUCUGCUUCUAGUGAAUCUUGGAUUAACACUGCCUCUAGUGAAUCCUCCAUGAGCACUGGCUACACUCCAUCUGGCAAGUCCAGCGAAUCCUCCAUGAACACUGCUUCUAGUGAAUCUUGGAUUAACACUGCCUCUAGUGAAUCCUCCAUGAGCACUGGCUACACUCCAUCUGGCAAGUCCAGCGAAUCCUCCAUGAACACUGCUUCUAGUGAAUCCUCUAUGAACACUGCUUCUAGUGAAUCUUGGAUUAAAACUGCCUCUAGUGAAUCCUCUAUGAACACUGCUUCUAGUGAAUCUUGGAUUAACACUGCUUCUAGUGAAUCUUGGAUUGACACUGCCUCUAGUGAAUCCUCUAUGAAUACUGCUUCUAGUGAAUCUUGGAUUAACACUGCCUCUAGUGAAUCCUCCAUGAGCACUGGCUACACUCCAUCUGACAAGUCCAGCGAAUCCUCCAUGAACACUGCUUCUAGUGAAUCUUGGAUUAACACUGCCUCUAGUGAAUCCUCCAUGAACACUGCUUCUAGUGAAUCUUGGAUUAACACUGCCUCUAGUGAAUCCUCCAUGAACACUGCUUCUAGUGAAUCUUGGAUUAACACUGCCUCUAGUGAAUCCUCCAUGAGCACUGGCUACACUCCAUCUGGCAAGUCCAGCGAAUCCUCCAUGAACACUGCUUCUAGUGAAUCUUGGAUUAACACUGCUUCUAGUGAAUCCUCCAUGAGCACUGGCUACACUCCAUCUGGCAUGUCUAGUGAAUCCUCCAUGGACACUGAUUCUUAUGCUCCAUCUCAUAGAUCAACCGGCGCUUCUUCUCUUCCAUCGGGUAUGACCAAUGAAUCUUCAAUGAACACUGCUUCUAGUGAAUCUUCAAUGAACACUGCUUCUAGUGAAUCUUCAAUGAACACUGCUUCUAGUGAAUCUUGGAUUAACACUGCCUCUAGUGAAUCCUCCAUGAACACUGCUUCUAGUGAAUCUUGGAUUAACACUGCUUCUAGUGAAUCCUCUAUGAACUCUGCUUCUAGUGAAUCUUGGAUUAACACUGCCUCUAGUGAAUCCUCCAUGAGCACUGGCUACACUCCAUCUGGCAAGUCCAGCGAAUCCUCUAUGAACACUGCUUCUAGUGAAUCCUCUAUGAACACUGCUUCUAGUGAAUCUUCAAUGAACACUGCUUCUAGUGAAUCUUGGAUUAACACUGCUUCUAGUGAAUCUUGGAUUGACACUGCUUCUAGUGAAUCCUCUAUGAAUACUGCUUCUAGUGAAUCUUGGAUUAACACUGCCUCUAGUGAAUCCUCCAUGAGCACUGGCUACACUCCAUCUGGCAAGUCCAGCGAAUCCUCCAUGAACACUGCUUCUAGUGAAUCCUCUAUGAACACUGCUUCUAGUGAAUCUUGGAUUAAAACUGCUUCUAGUGAAUCUUCAAUGAACACUGCUUCUAGUGAAUCUUCAAUGAACACUGCUUCUAGUGAAUCUUGGAUUAACACUGCCUCUAGUGAAUCCUCCAUGAACACUGCUUCUAGUGAAUCUUGGAUUAACACUGCUUCUAGUGAAUCCUCCAUGAACUCUGCUUCUAGUGAAUCUUGGAUUAACACUGCUUCUAGUGAAUCCUGGAUGAACACUGCUUCUAGUGAAUCUUGGAUUAACACUGCCUCUAGUGAAUCCUCCAUGAACACUGCUUCUAGUGAAUCUUGGAUUAACACUGCUUCUAGUGAAUCCUCCAUGAGCACUGCUUCUAGUGAAUCUUGGAUUAACACUGCUUCUAGUGAAUCCUCCAUGAGCACUGGCUACACUCCAUCUGGCAAGUCCAGCGAAUCCUCCAUGAACACUGCUUCUAGUGAAUCUUGGAUUGACACUGCCUCUAGUGAAUCCUCUAUGAAUACUGCUUCUAGUGAAUCUUGGAUUAACACUGCCUCUAGUGAAUCCUCCAUGAGCACUGGCUACACUCCAUCUGACAAGUCCAGCGAAUCCUCCAUGAACACUGCUUCUAGUGAAUCUUGGAUUAACACUGCCUCUAGUGAAUCCUCCAUGAACACUGCUUCUAGUGAAUCUUGGAUUGACACUGCCUCUAGUGAAUCCUCUAUGAACACUGCUUCUAGUGAAUCUUGGAUUAACACUGCCUCUAGUGAAUCCUCUAUGAACAUUGCUUCUAGUGAAUCUUGGAUUAACACUGCCUCUAGUGAAUCCUCCAUGAGCACUGGCUACACUCCAUCUGGCAAGUCCAGCGAAUCCUCCAUGAACACUGCUUCUAGUGAAUCUUGGAUUAACACUGCUUCUAGUGAAUCUUGGAUUGACACUGCCUCUAGUGAAUCCUCUAUGAACACUGCUUCUAGUGAAUCUUGGAUUAACACUGCUUCUAGUGAAUCUUGGAUUAACACUGCUUCUAGUGAAUCCUCCAUGAGCACUGGCUACACUCCAUCUGGCAUGUCUAGUGAAUCCUCCAUGGACACUGAUUCUUAUGCUCCAUCUCAUAGAUCAACCGGCGCUUCUUCUCUUCCAUCGGGUAUGACCAAUGAAUCUUCAAUGAACACUGCUUCUAGUGAAUCUUCAAUGAACACUGCUUCUAGUGAAUCUUGGAUUAAAACUGCCUCUAGUGAAUCCUCCAUGAACACUGCUUCUAGUGAAUCUUGGAUUAACACUGCCUCUAGUGAAUCCUCCAUGAGCACUGGCUACACUCCAUCUGGCAAGUCCAGCGAAUCCUCCAUGAACACUGCUUCUAGUGAAUCUUGGAUUAACACUGCUUCUAGUGAAUCCUCUAUGAACUCUGCUUCUAGUGAAUCUUGGAUUAACACUGCCUCUAGUGAAUCCUCCAUGAGCACUGGCUACACUCCAUCUAGCAUGUCCAGCGAAUCCUCCAUGAACACUGCUUCUAGUGAAUCAUCCAUAACCAAUAAUUCUUAUGAAUAUUCAAAGAAUAAUAGCCACAUAUCAUCUAGUUCCUCGAGUGCCUCCAGCGAUGUGCCACCAGUCUACACCACCACUGUGACCUCUGGCUCUUCUACUGAAACCGAUGUUGUUUCUGAAUACAGUACCACUGACUCCAACGGUAUGCCAUCCACUGGUACUACCACCUACCGCGUUUCUGGUUCCUCUAGUGCAUCCAGCGAUGUGCCACCAGUCUACACCACCACUGUGACCUCUGGCUCUUCUACUGAAACCGAUGUUGUUUCUGAAUACAGUACCACUGAUUCCAACGGUAUGCCAUCCACUGGUACUACCACCUACCACGUUUCUGGUUCCUCUAGUGCAUCCAGCGAUGUGCCACCAGUCUACACCACCACUGUGACCUCUGGCUCUUCUACUGAAACCGAUGUUGUUUCUGAAUACAGUACCACUGACUCCAACGGUAUGCCUUCCACCGGUACUACCACCUACCACGUUUCUGGUUCCUCUAGUGCAUCCAGCGAUGUGCCACCAGUCUACACCACCACUGUGACCUCUGGCUCUUCUACUGAAACCGAUGUUGUUUCUGAAUACAGUACCACUGACUCCAACGGUAUGCCAUCCACUGGUACUACAACUUAUGAGGUUACUGAUUCUUGUCCAGAUUGUAGUACAGGUGCUCCAUCGCAUAGAUCAAAUGAGGUGUCAUCUAUGCCAUCUAGUUUUGCCACAAGCAGUAUGUCAAGCAUUAGUCCCGCUACGUCAAGCGGUAUGCCACCAGUCUACACCACCACUGUGACCUCUGGCUCUUCUACUGAAACCGAUGUUGUUUCUGAAUACAGUACCACUGACUCUAACGGUAUGCCUUCCACCGGUACUACCACCUACCACGUUUCUGGUUCCUCUAGUGCAUCCAGCGAUGUGCCACCAGUCUACACCACCACUGUGACCUCUGGCUCUUCUACUGAAACCGAUGUUGUUUCUGAAUACAGUACCACUGAUUCCAACGGUAUGCCUUCCACCGGUACUACCACCUACCACGUUUCUGGUUCCUCUAGUGCAUCCAGCGAUGUGCCACCAGUCUACACCACCACUGUGACCUCUGGCUCUUCUACUGAAACCGAUGUUGUUUCUGAAUACAGUACCACUGACUCCAACGGUAUGCCAUCCACUGGUACUACAACUUAUCCUGUGACUGAAUCUGGUUCAAAAUAUGUUUCAGUCGUACCAAGUAUUAGUCUUUCAAAUAUUAUAUCGGUUACUAAUACUUUAUCUUCAGGUGGGUUGCCACCAUUUGUUACUUCAAGUGGUAACGGUGGAUCUUCAACAUUUAUUACUGAAUCUGUUUCAUUUUCGUCUACAAAAUCCAACACUGAUAUGUUUUCUAUACCUCCUGCAUACACUACUACAAUUACAGGACCUAGUUUUACCGAGACAGACAUUAUAUCAUUUUACUCUACUGAUGAUAUUAAUCAACAACCAUCCACUGGUAUCUCUACGUAUACUUUAAUUUCAUCUUCAACAAUCAAUCCUUGGAACAAUGGCACAGUUUAUAAGCCAUCUUCGAGUGCUCCUGAAACCAUUGAAUCUAAUCCAGGCCAACCAACUACUACUCAAACCUACCCAGGCCAACCAACCACUACUCAAACCUACCCAGGCCAAUCAACUACUACUCAAACCUACCCAGGCCAACCAACCACUACUCAAACCUACCCAGGCCAACCAACUACUACUCAAACCUACCCAGGCCAACCAACUACUACUCAAACCUACCCAGGCCAACCAACCACUACUCAAACCUACCCAGGCCAACCAACCACUACUCAAACCUACCCAGGCCAGUCAUUAUCUCCUACUUCAAGUCUCAACUCAGCUAAAGGGGCAACUACGAAUUCUAUUGAAACACGUUUAACAAAUUCAGAAAUCACUAAAGGUGUUACUCCUACCGUAAGUACUGUUAUACCUACGUCUCACUUACCAGAUAAUACUGCGCAUAUAUCUAUGUUGUACGAAGGUUCUGCUGAAAUUUUACAAGCAGGUUCGGGUUGGAAAUUAUUGAUUGGUUUUAUUUUCUUCUUUUUCUUGAAUUAA